AUGGAAAGAUCAAAAGCAUUUUAUGAAUUAUUAAAAGACCUUAGUGUAUCAACAGUAGAAGAAUCACUAGAAAGUGAAGAAAAUGAUCAAGAGGUGAUGUUAGAAAGAUUGUUUACUAAGGCAAUAAAAGCGGAACAAGAAGCAAUAAAAUGUUGGUAUAAUGUAGGAAAAGCUGUUAGAAACAAAGUUGAAGAAGAAAGAAAUAAAUUAGAAAUAAAAGAAAAGUCAAUAAGAACUAAGAUGUAUAAUGAGUUAACGAAAAGACUAAAAGGAUUUAUCAGAAAAGUGAUACAAAGUAAGAUUGAAAGAUCUGAAAGAGUUUACAAAUUAUUUAAGGAAAUAGGAGGAAGAAGUAAAAUAAAUAGGAUGAAAAAUACCAGCAUGAAUACAAUAAUAAACCUUAAAGAAAAGAAAGGUGAAGUUGAUGAAUUAAUGAGACAAGUAAAUGAAAUAGAAGAAGAAAAAAAUAGUAUGAUAGAAAGAUAG